GACACACGUGCCCGCCUCGCCAUCUAAUCUAAUCUGCGGCCGAUCAUUCGCCCGGCCAGACUGGGUCCGUGUGAUCGACGCCAUCAGUCCGCCGAGUCAGUGAACGGGCUCGACUCCUCGCCACUGCACAUCGCACGCACACAGCACAACACGAUGCCCGCGGAGACGCAGACUCCCUUCCGAUUCCCCGUCCACGCGGACCCCGCGUCCCGCGAAGUGAGCGACGCGGGCCAGGACCGGCGCAUCAUCGGCUACGCCCCCCUCAUCCAGCCGCUGCUCCUCAUCGCGCAGCACCCCGCCUCGCCCGCGGCGCAGGACACGGUCGCGCGGGGGCGGAGGGAGGCGGCGGGGGUGGUGAGCGGUAAGGAGCAGCGACUGCUCGUCAUCGUCGGCCCGUGCUCGAUCCAUGAUGUGGACGAGGCCCUCACCUACGCGCGCCGCCUGCGCGGCGCGCUCGACGCGGGGAGAUGGCCGGAGCUGGUGGUCGUGAUGCGCGCGUAUUUCGAAAAACCGCGCACGACCGUCGGCUGGAAGGGCCUCAUCAACGACCCGGGGAUCGAUGGCGGGUUCAGGAUUAAUGAGGGCCUCGCCACCGCGCGCGCGCUCCUGUGCGCGAUCACGGACCUCGGCGUCCCCGUCGGCGCGGAGCUGCUCGACACGGUCAGCCCGCAGUUUUUGAGCGAUUUAACCUCCUGGGCCGCGAUCGGCGCGCGCACGACGGAGAGCCAGCUGCACCGGGAGCUCGCGAGCGGGUGCUCGUUCCCGGUCGGGUUCAAGAACGGGACGGAUGGGGGCGUCACCGUCGCGAUCGACGCGAUGCACUCCGCGUCGCACCCGCACGCGUUCAUGGGCGUGACGCCGCAGGGCCUCGCCUCCAUCGUCAAAACGACCGGCAACCCGCACCUGCACGUCAUCCUCCGCGGCGGCACGGGCGGGCCGAACUAUGGGGCGGAGGAUAUCAGGCGGGUGGUGGGGGAGAUUAGGAGGAGGAGCGAGAGGGAGAAGGACGGGAGUGGGGGUGGGGGUGGGAAAGAGAGGUUUGCGAGCGUGAUGGUGGAUUGCAGCCACGGCAACUCGCAAAAGGAUUACCGCAACCAGCCGAAGGUGCUCCACUCGCUGUGCCAGACGAUCGCGGGCGAGGGGUUGUCGGCGAAUGGGGAGGUUGAAGACACGCUCGACAUCGCCCCGCACAUCACGGGCGUCAUGAUCGAGAGCAACAUCAACGAGGGCCGGCAGGACGUGCCGGUGGGGGUCGAGAACGUCCGCGCGCACCUCAAGCCCGGCGUGUCGAUCACCGACGGGUGCGUGUCGUGGGAGACGACGGUGGGGAUGCUGGACGAGCUGAACGCGGCGGUGGCGAAGAGGAACAAACGCUGCGGGACACGGCGCGUUCGAGUGGGGCGUGCGUUCGGAUGGGGCGCGCAGAGCAUGUAUCCUCUAUCUAUUCUUCGUAUCUCUAUAUAUUCUCCGUAUCCUCAAUCUAUUCUCCGUAUCUCUAUUCUCCGUGAUAUCUCUAUUCUCCGUAUCCAAAAAGCUCAACUAUGUAUGCAAUGCCUCCUUCCCGGGUCUCAAGUAUCCUCUCACAGCAGCGUCGCGCGAUGGGCCUUUCACAGCAGCCUCACGCGACGGGCAGCCCGCGUUGCGAGUUUUGUACUACUUCGGAAGCGACCGACUUACUGAAGCGACCGACUUACUGAAGCGACCGACCGAAGGCAGGUCGAUUAAUGCAUGAUGUAUACGUACGCCUACUUGCGCGUUAGUACGCCUACUUGAGCGUUAGUACGCCUACUUGAGCGUCAGAACCGCCUACUUGAGCGUCAGAAACGCC